CUAUAAAAGCUCACCAGCAGGACACAAAGUUAUCUUGACUGAAGUCUGAAAGCGGGUAUCGAAUAGAGAACCAAAGCUGAGUUGACUUCUUUCAGUCAAAGAGGCACAGCAUGUCAAAAAUGCUCGACGAAAUCCUCACGCAGAACUUCUUGAACCUCGCCCUGGAUGAUGCAUUCCUCCCGACGCAAUCUCAGCUGAAAGCCCCGGGGCAGACUCGGCUCAACCGGUCAGCCUCCUUCUUCUCCUCCCCCUCUCCAGCCGACUCCUCUUCCAAGCACAGUCUGAGCUCUGAAUAUGUCAACAGUGAUGACAACAGCAGCCCCUUCUGGUCAUCUAACAUCUGGAGCCAGGCCAAUCCCAAACAGCUGCCUUUCCGAGCCGACCGCUCCAUGAGCCUGACCGAGUCCAGCAGCUCCCUGCUCUCCUCCUUCAAGCAGCUGAAAAGCAUGGAGGGCUUGUCCUCAGGUGCCGCUACAACCGUGGCGCCCCCGCCAGGCUUCCCUCCCUCAUCCGCUCUGCCAGCCUUGGUCCCGCCUGCGCUGUUGUCCAACCGUUACAAGACCGAGCUGUGCCGCGGCUUUCAGGAGACGGGCAGCUGCAAGUACGGAAGUAAGUGCCAGUUCGCCCACGGUGAGGCAGAAUUGCGGGGAUUGUACCGCCACCCCAAGUACAAGACCGAGCCCUGCAGAACAUUCUACAACUUCGGCUACUGCCCCUAUGGCACGCGCUGCCAUUUCAUCCACGAGGAGAAAAUCAACGGUGGCUCGUCACCAUCUGCCAAAUUCCAGAAACAAUGGCAGUCGGCGCAAGCUGCUCCCACCGAUUCAAGCAGUCAGAAUCCACGCCACCAACUGAGACAGAGUGUCAGCUUUGCUGGUUUUCUGGGCACUUCACGCAGCUCCCCUCCACCUUCCUUCUCUUCAUCCUUCAACGAUCCUAACCUGGGGUUCAGUCGUGCGCCCUCGGUUUCCCCACCUCCUGCCGAUCUCCUGUCACCGGUGUUCAGCGAGUCCUUGCAGCGUGAAGCACCGGGAUCAGCAGCAUUCCAGUUUGGCCACCAUCAGACCCGUACCAGUGCCGGAGACAUCCACAGCAUUCCUCUGAUAAUGGAGCCGAAGCCUUCGUGCUGCGUGUGCGGACAUGGUUCUAACCUCUUGGUUAAAAACAACAGAAUCCUGCCAGGCGUGGAAGAUGAGCACCAUCAGGACAUGAGCAUGCUGUUCCCUGGCCACGGAGGAUUCUCCAAGCCCGCUGCCCUCCAGCGUUUCUCAUCUGAGGACUCGCUGGAGGACAGCUACAGCAGCAGCAGUGGAGGCUCCAGCGGAACAGAGUCCCCUACGUUCGACGGCUCCGCGAGCAAGCGGCUCACCGUGUUUGAACGUCUCUCCCUGUCUGAUUAAUUGAAUCCAAAGAGCAGAACUGAACCAACACCUCGUCACCCGCGUCGGUCGCUCUGGACUUUCUUCACAAACUCGAACUGAUCAGCCUUUGACUUCACAGUAACACUUAAUUUAUAUUUGUACAAAAUGGAACUUAUCUUGGAUCAACUACACAUGCUGAGUUUAUUUUUAGUACCCAAAAGUUAACAAACUCUAUUUUUAUAUCAUGUAGCCUCUGAGACCCAUGUAUGUGAUCUUACGUAUGAAAUAACUCCUGUGCAGGUCUUGAUGACUUAGAGAGUAAAUUUGGUUUCUAUUUACCGUAACUCUGUAGUGAUCAAAACGGCUUAUCGGUAGUGUUAAUCCUUUAUUCCUGUGCCUCACAGAUUCUCCGUGCCUCAGAUAUCAUAUUCACUCUCGGUGCCAUGAACAGUAUAUUUGAUUCAGUAGCCUUAAUCAUAGAGACCUGAUAUGUCAUUAUUAAUGCCAUCUUGUCUGUAUUAUGCACUUUACAAGCUAAUUACUGUGGGAAACUGCAAAACGUCUCCCGGUAGCAUUCAGCCAAAGCUUCAUACUUCAUUCUGCUGUAUGCAUGUGUGAGUGAACCUGUGUGUGCAUGUGUUUGUACACGUGUGUGUGUGUGUGUGUGUGCAGCCCUUUCAUGCUCUAUGACCUGGGGUGCUGCAAAAGGUGCAGAAUGCUUCAAGAUCAAAGUGUGCGCGGAGCCCAAAGCGUUGCAUGUCAGUGAAAUCAAAGCAGUGUCAUUGAGAUUUGACUGUAUAACAUUCUGUAAUUGUAGCAGGUUUAUAAAUCGCAUGCCCCCCCUUUUUUUUUAUAUCCCCCCCCCCCCCCCCCCUUUUUGUUUGACCUGGGUUGGUUUGCAACUAUGAAGGUCAGAGAAGCUUUUUGGUUCAGGGACUGUAACACCGCAGUAUUUCUUUUGGACAUCGGUUGCCUUAUUUGCAUUGUUUAACUUAAAUAUAUUUAUUAUAUUUAUUUGUGUUAAAAGAAAUAAAUGUAUUUUGUACUUUAUUUAUGGAGAAUUAUUAUAAAGUCUGUGAAAUUUGACAGCUGUUUUGAAGAAAAAAA